AUGCAUCUUAUCUUAACUGGUGCCACUGGCCAUGUUGGCUCUGGCGUUCUUGAUGCCAUGAUGAAGAUGAAAGACAUUACAAGAAUAUCAGUGGUCAGCCGAAGGCCAGUCAAGUUCGCAGAGGACACCAAAGACCCCCGGGUCCAUGUCAUUAUCAACAAUAAUUUUGAAAAAUACGACCCUGAAAUUAUCAAUCAGUUGAGGGGCGCCACAGGGUGUGUCUGGGCACUAGGAGUUAGCCAAACACAAGUCGGGAAGGAGGAGUAUGUUAGAAUCACAAAAACCUUGGCUCUUGAGUCGGCAAAGGCAUUCCAGGCCCUGCCGGCUAACAAUGAACCAUUCAACUUUGUUUAUGUAUCCGGGAACGGAGCGACCACUCAGCCAACCAGUCGUUCAGUCACCUUUGCCCGAGUGAAGGGAGAGACCGAGCUCGCUCUAGCGGAGAUGCGAAAGCAGAACCCCUUGCUUCAUGCCUUGUCUGUCCGCCCAGCCAUCGUUGAUUCUUCCGCUCACACUGAAAUUCAACCAUACGUCCCAGAACCUAGCUUUCCGAUCAAGGCUGCAAGAUUCGUCUUGUCUCCUAUUGCCCGCGCUUGGUUCCCAAGUCACACGAGCCCAACUGAGCCGUUGGGCAGAUUUUUGGCUGAGGCUGCCAUGGGGAGACAUCGGGAACAGUUCAAACCUGGCCCAGGAAUCGAAAUGAUUGGAGAUUUCCCUAUCUUGGAGAACUCAGUGUUUAGAAAACUAGCUGGUCUCUAA